UUCCUUGGCAUUGCAUCGCCAGAUACUGUCGGAUCGGUGCAUGUUGAGAUUUCAUGUCAGUAACUCGUGUGACUACUAAAUAAAUGGAACAUAAAAGUGUUAACACUUUUUAAUCUUUAUGCUAAAGCCUUAAAAAAAUAAUUGAUUAGUGUCUAUCACAUUUUGUCAAAAUGAUUAUAAGUAUUUUACUAGUGAUUGUAACAUUGGGAUUAACGUUGUAUCAUUGUAAAACUCAUUAUGGCAGAACGGGAAAAUUAGUGAACAAAAUUCCUGGACCAACUGCUCACCCUUUACUUGGAAAUGUUUGGGAAUUCAUGGUUCCGUUAAACGAACUUUGGGUCGUCUUGAGGAAAAUUCACACAAAAUAUUACCCGAUCAACCGAAUAUGGCUUGGAGUAAUGCCUACUGUCAGUAUAUAUCAUCCAGAUGAUGUGCAGAUCGUGUUGAGUAGUACGAAACACACGGAAAAAAGUCAGAUUUACAGCUUUUUGCAUCCGUGGUUAGGUAGAGGAUUGCUGACAAGUACAGGUCCAAAAUGGCAGACGCGAAGAAAAAUGCUUACUCCAGCUUUCCAUUUCAACAUCCUUCAAGAAUUUGUAGAUGUUUUUGUAGAACAAUCAGAAGUGUUCGUUCGGAAUUUGAAGUCUGAUGGAGACGAAAUAAUCAAGGAUAUAAUACCCUUGCUAACCAAAUUCACUCUAGACUCGAUAUGUGAAACAGCUAUGGGGACAGAAUUGACUGAAGAUGAAAGCGAAGAUAGUUACAGAAAUGCUGUUUUGGAAAUGGGAACCCAUGUUAUUCAUAGAAUGAUAAGACCUUGGUUACAUUUUGAUUGGAUCUUUAAAUUAACGCCAACUGGAUUCCGACAACGUAAAGUUCUUAAACACCUUCACCAAUUGACCAAUACAAUUAUAGCAGAACGAAAGCAGUAUCAUGAACAAAAAUCGAAGGAAAAUAAAAUCGCUCAGCCGAAAAAGGACCAUUUGAAAGGUAAAUCAAACGGUGGGCGGAAGGAAAGAUUGGCCAUGCUUGACAUUCUCAUAACUGCCUCAAACAACGAAGGUUCUAUCGAUAACGAUGGAAUCAGGGAAGAAGUGGACACGUUCGUUUUUGAAGGUCACGACACUACAUCAAUGGGUGCUUGUUUCCUAUUAGCACUGUUAGCUGAACAUAAAGAAAUUCAGGAGCGUGUAAGGAAGGAAGUGUGUGAAGUGAUGAAGGAAUGCGGCGGAAAAUUCGGAAUGUCGGAUGUAAAUAAAUUAGUUUACCUCGACAGGUGUAUUAAGGAAUCUCUGCGAAUGUAUCCAAGCGUACCAACAAUAACUCGAGUCCUCCACGAAGACUUACAAUUAAAAAAUUAUCUGGUGCCAGCGGGUGCGAAUGUUCACGUUUAUAUUUACGAUCUACAAAGGGAUCCUCAUUUCUGGCCCAAUCCUACAGUUUACGAUCCAGACAGAUUUCUACCGGAAAAUUCGAGAAACAGACAUCCUUAUGCAUAUGUACCUUUCAGUGGUGGUCCACGUAACUGUAUUGGUCAGAAAUUUGCACUCUUGGAAUUGAAGGUUUUGGUAGCUCAGGUGCUCUAUAAUUUCAACCUCGAACCUAUUGAUUUGGCUCACGAUAUUAUUGUAAUGCAAGAUUUGGUAAUCAGGCCUAUGCAAGCAGUUCGGGUCAAGUUCGUGUCAAGGGUGAAUCAAAAUCUACUUGAAAGUGCUUUAUGAAUAUGUGGUGAUACUUUCUACUUAAAGUUAGAACAUAAUCUAUAAGGAAGAAAUGGACUUUUUAUUGUAGUAUUCUUGUUACUGGGUUAUUUAUAAAAAAAUUAAUUGAUCUGUAAAUCGAAAUAGUAAAUGAUUGAAUGUAAACAAUUUUUAUGUAAGAAGAUACUAAAUUAUAUAUAAUAAUUAACAUUAUAGUCAUUACGG